AUGUCAAUGAAGUUAUUUUUUGGGUACUCCAGAGUGCAGACAGGAAUAGAUCUGAAAGAACCAAAAGUCUUUUCUUACCGACCUCAAUCCAGUAGCAAUAGAACUGGUCAUGCGCAACGGUUGGGUGGGACUAUAUCUGCAUACAAGAUAGUGCCAGAUGAAAUAGAAGAAAUCAAGGAGACGCUGAUAGAUUGGUGUGAUGAAAAGGAACUUAAUUUGAUUUUAACAACUGGAGGAACAGGGUUUGCACCACGAGAUGUCACUCCAGAGGCCACUAAAGAAGUAAUAGAGAGAGAAGCCCCAGGGAUGGCCCUCGCAAUGCUAAUGGGAUCACUUAAUGUUACUCCUCUGGGCAUGCUCUCUAGACCUGUGUGUGGAAUCAGAGGGAAAACUCUUAUAAUUAAUCUGCCAGGUAGCAAGAAAGGGUCACAGGAAUGCUUUCAGUUUAUACUGCCAGCCCUACCUCACGCCAUUGAUCUUUUGCGGGAUGCCAUUGUAAAAGUAAAAGAAGUACACGAUGAGCUUGAAGAUCUACCUUCACCACCACCUCCUCUUUCUCCUCCUCCAACCACCAGCCCUCACAAGCAGACAGAAGACAAAGGAGUACAGUGUGAGGAAGAGGAGGAAGAGAAGAAAGAUAGUGGAGUUGCCUCAACAGAGGACAGUUCUUCUUCACAUAUAACAGCAGCAGCCAUUGCAGCUAAGAAGCAUCCAUCCUACACCAGUUCUGCUGUUAUCAUGGCAAAAGGUGAACAGCCCAUCCCUGGUCUCAUCAGUUAUUGCCAUCACGCAGCAGGCAGUGCAGGAGAACCGAUUCCAGAUUCCAUCAUCUCUCGUGGUGUUCAGGUGCUCCCACGUGAUACAGCCUCCCUCAGUACUACUCCUUCAGAAUCUCCGCGUGCCCAGGCCACCUCUCGUCUCUCCACUGCAUCCUGCCCAACACCAAAAGUCCAGUCUAGGUGCAGCAGCAAGGAGAACAUCCUCAGAGCAAGUCACAGUGCUGUUGACAUCACCAAGGUAGCAAGAAGACACCGCAUGUCUCCAUUCCCAUUGACAUCAAUGGACAAAGCCUUCAUCACAGUUCUGGAGAUGACCCCAGUGCUUGGAACAGAAAUCAUCAAUUACAGAGAUGGAAUGGGCCGAGUCCUUGCUCAAGAUGUAUAUGCAAAAGAUAAUCUACCACCAUUUCCAGCAUCAGUGAAAGACGGCUAUGCGGUCAGAGCUGCUGAUGGCCCAGGAGAUCGAUUCAUCAUAGGGGAAUCCCAGGCUGGUGAGCAGCCGACACAGACUGUGAUGCCGGGUCAGGUAAUGCGCGUUACAACUGGUGCUCCAAUUCCAUGUGGUGCUGAUGCAGUGGUGCAAGUGGAAGAUACAGAACUCAUCAGGGAAUCGGAUGAUGGCACUGAAGAACUAGAGGUUCGAAUCCUGGUGCAGGCUCGACCAGGCCAAGAUAUCAGACCUAUAGGACAUGACAUUAAAAGAGGUGAAUGUGUGCUGGCCAAAGGAACCCACAUGGGUCCAUCUGAGAUUGGUCUCUUAGCAACUGUUGGAGUAACUGAAGUAGAAGUUAACAAGUUUCCAGUGGUUGCAGUCAUGUCAACAGGGAAUGAGCUACUGAAUCCUGAAGAUGACCUCUUGCCAGGAAAGAUUCGGGACAGUAACCGUUCGACUCUCCUAGCUACAAUCCAAGAACAUGGCUAUCCAACAAUCAACUUGGGAAUUGUGGGAGAUAACCCAGAUGAUUUACUGAAUGCACUGAAUGAGGGUAUCAGCCGUGCUGAUGUCAUCAUUACAUCAGGAGGUGUAUCUAUGGGGGAGAAGGACUAUCUUAAACAGGUGCUGGAUAUUGAUCUUCAUGCACAGAUUCACUUUGGCAGAGUUUUUAUGAAGCCAGGCCUGCCAACAACUUUUGCAACUCUGGAUAUUGAUGGCGUAAGAAAAAUAAUCUUUGCGCUCCCAGGCAACCCUGUGUCAGCUGUUGUCACCUGCAAUCUCUUUGUUGUUCCUGCACUGAGGAAAAUGCAGGGUAUCCUAGAUCCUCGGCCCACCAUCAUCAAAGCCAGGUUAUCAUGUGAUGUAAAAUUGGACCCCCGCCCAGAAUAUCAUCGGUGCAUACUGACUUGGCAUCACCAAGAACCACUGCCUUGGGCACAGAGUACAGGGAAUCAGAUGAGCAGUCGUCUGAUGAGUAUGCGCAGUGCCAAUGGACUGUUGAUGCUACCUCCAAAGACAGAGCAGUAUGUGGAGCUUCACAAGGGGGAGGUGGUGGAUGUCAUGGUCAUUGGAAGGCUAUGAUGUCACCAGCAAGAGCGAAGCUUUGAUGCAUGUCCACAUAUCAUUGACUGUAUCCUGUAAUAUGCAACGGCACAGCUAGUUUUUCUGAUUUGGAUAAAAGUUGAUCAGUAUAGUCAACAUCUUGAAUUAUAUUUCAAAUGGAAUUUAAAUAAAUACCUUUUAAAAAAAGAAAAAACUUUAAACAAAUCUUAACAAAAGAAAUUUAUUCUGAUUAUAUCAAAGCAACUUUUUCCUUUCCUUGCAAUUGCUUUGUGUGUUCAAUGCUAGUUCUAAUAGCGGUAGCUUUUGGUAGACAGCAGUAGGUGCCUGCAGAACUUGUGUUUUUUCUCAUCUUUAAGAUACAACUACUUAUGCUCUUAAAACAAGGCUGUCUGCUUAUUUAUACUAGCGUAGACAACACUUGGAUUUCCCUUAUUAGUAUGCUUCAUAACCGCUUCACAGAGAGCUUCUGCUUGUUCUUUAUCUUGUAUCUCGUGUUGAUGUGCACAGUGCCAAAAGCGGAGUGGCUGCGCUGGGAACCCAAUGAAGCCCCGGGGUUUCCUCACCUCGCUGUGCAUUCAGGGAUCUCUCUCAUCCCGGCAGCCACCCGGCUCAGUACUCUUGGGCAGUAACUGGAUACCUUUUAUUUCAACAAACAACAAAAAAAUCGCUUCCUUAAGUGCUGACAGCCUUUUUAACCAAUACAUUUAAAAAUGUACAGAACUAAAAACUAAAAAAAAUCAAAGACUGAUCUUGUACAGAUAUUAGUGUUACCAGCAUUCGUGUGGAAAUUAAAUGAGCAAAGAAAUAAAACUAAUGUUAAACACCUCUGUACCAUAACAUUUUCUGUAAUGAUAUUGAAACUUAAAUGAAUAAAAAAAAAAUCCUCAAUCAUUAUUUAAAA